CCGCCGCCGCGGGCCCGGGGCUAAGGCCAGGUCGGGGCGGGAUGAUGGAGGAGGAGGAGCUCGAGUUUGUGGAGGAGCUGGAAGCCGUGCUGCAGCUCACCCCGGAGGUGCAGCUCGCCAUCGAGCAGGUGUUUCCAAGCCAGGAUCCUCUGGACCGAGCAGAUUUCAAUGCUGUGGAAUACAUCAAUACCCUUUUUCCGACAGAACAAUCUCUGGCAAACAUAGAUGAAGUCGUGAACAAAAUUCGAUUGAAAAUAAGGAGACUGGAUGACAACAUUCGAACAGUAGUGAGAGGUCAGACUAACGUGGGGCAGGAUGGAAGGCACGCACUGGAAGAGGCUCAAAAAGCCAUCCAGCAGCUGUUCGGCAAAAUUAAGGAUAUCAAAGACAAAGCUGAAAAAUCAGAGCAAAUGGUUAAGGAAAUCACACGGGACAUCAAGCAGCUAGACCACGCCAAACGCCACCUGACCACUUCCAUAACCACACUGAACCACCUGCACAUGUUGGCAGGAGGUGUGGAUUCCCUUGAAGCCAUGACAAGGCGGCGACAGUAUGGAGAAGUUGCCAAUCUUCUACAGGGUGUAGUGAACGUCUUGGAACACUUUCACAAGUACAUGGGGAUUCCACAGAUUCGGCAACUUUCAGAGAGAGUAAAGGCAGCCCAGACUGAGUUAGGGCAGCAGAUCCUGGCUGAUUUUGAAGAGGCUUUCCCUUCCCAGGGUACCAAGAGGCCUGGAGGCCCCAGCAAUGUCCUGCGAGACGCAUGUCUGGUUGCUAAUGUGUUGGACCCCAGGAUCAAACAGGAAAUCAUCAAGAAGUUUAUUAAGCAGCACCUCUCUGAAUACCUGGUGCUCUUUCAAGAAAACCAAGAUGUUGCCUGGCUCGACAAAAUCGACAGACGUUAUGCCUGGAUAAAACGCCAGCUUGUGGACUAUGAAGAGAAAUAUGGGCGUAUGUUUCCCCACGAGUGGUACAUGACCGAGAGGAUCGCUGUAGAGUUCUGCCAUGUCACAAGAGUGGAACUUGCCAAGAUCAUGCGUACCCGAGCUAAGGAGAUAGAAGUGAAAUUGCUUCUGUUUGCCAUCCAGAGAACAACCAAUUUCGAGGGACUCUUGGCCAAGCGCUUUUCUGGCUGCACCCUGACGGAUGGGGCCCCGAAAAAGGUUGACCCUCCUCCAUGCACCAAUCCUUUUCUGGAAGACGAGCCUGGCUCCGAAAUGGAGGAGUUGCCGAUGGACAAAGGGGACUUAGAGCAGCCAAAGAAGCCAAAAGUCCCAGAAAACCCAUUUCAUGGAAUCAUUUCCAAGUGUUUUGAGCCUCAUCUCUACGUGUAUAUUGAAUCCCAGGACAAGAAUCUUGGGGAACUGAUCGAUAGAUUUGUUGCUGAUUUCAAGGCCCUGGGGCCUCCCAAACCAAACACGGAUGAAGGCGGUGCCGUGCUGCCCAGCUGUGCUGACCUCUUUGUCUAUUACAAGAAGUGCAUGGUGCAGUGCUCACAGCUCAGCACUGGGGAGCCGAUGAUUGCUCUGACCACCAUAUUCCAGAAGUAUCUCCGGGAAUACGCUUGGAAAAUACUCUCCGGCAAUUUACCCAAGACCACUAGCACCAGUGGAGGGCUGACCAUCAGUAGCCUCCUCAAGGAGAAGGAGGGCUCCGAAGUGGCCAAGUUCACUCUGGAGGAGCUCUGCCUCAUCUGCAGCAUCCUAAGCACAGCCGAGUACUGCUUGGCCACCACCCAGCAGCUUGAAGAAAAACUCAAAGAAAAAGUUGAUGCGAGCCUUAUUGAAAGGAUCAACCUGACAGGGGAGAUGGACACAUUCAGCACUGUCAUCUCCAACAGUAUCCAGCUGCUGGUUCAGGACCUCGAUGCUGCCUGUGACCCUGCUCUUACUGCCAUGAGCAAGAUGCAGUGGCAAAAUGUUGAGCACGUUGGUGACCAGAGUCCAUACGUCACCUCUGUGAUUCUUCACAUAAAGCAGAAUGUCCCCAUCAUCCGAGACAACCUGGCCUCCACACGCAAGUACUUCACUCAGUUCUGCAUCAAAUUUGCAAACUCCUUCAUUCCCAAGUUCAUCAACCAUCUCUUCAAGUGCAAGCCAGUUAGCAUGGUGGGAGCAGAACAGCUGCUGCUAGAUACCCAUUCUCUGAAGAUGGUCCUCCUGGAUCUGCCUUCCAUUGGCUCUCAGGUGGUGAGGAAAGCGCCUGCCAGUUACACCAAAAUUGUCGUGAAGGGCAUGACCCGGGCCGAGAUGAUCCUCAAGGUGGUGAUGGCCCCUCACGAGCCCUUGGUGGUGUUUGUUGACAACCUCAUCAAGCUCCUGACUGACUGCAACACUGAAACCUUCCAGAAGAUACUGGACAUGAAGGGCCUUAAGAGAAGCGAGCAGAGCAGCAUGCUGGAACUUUUCCGCCAGCGGCUCCCCACCCCACCGUCAGCAUCAGAGGGUCCCGGCUCCACGUCCCUGACAGCGCCAACACCUGAACAGGAAUCAUCCCGCAUCCGAAAACUGGAGAAACUCAUCAAAAAGAGACUCUGAGCAAGCAGGAGAGGGUCCUGGGUCCCCUUUGCCAGAGAGCGGUGCAUCUAACACUCAGUAGGCAGCUGUUUUGGAAGACCCUUAGGGCUCCCCUCUCCUCUCCAGCUCUCAGAGCAGCCUCAGCUCCUCAUGUUUUCCUCGGAAAUUUGGGUUUGUUAAUGUACAUUUGCCAUAUUGUGUGGUGACUCCUUCCUUACACUAUGAAGCCAGUCUGGUGAGAGAAAAAGAAGAGCGUGGGGUGGGUUCUGUCUUCCACUGCUCAGGACCCUGUUACGAGGCGCUGUUUCAAAACCAUCUCUGACCCCUAAAGAUAGAAUCUUCAGGCAGAGCAAGUGGAAGUUUGCUUGUUAUUUUCAUCCACCAGCUUCUCACUGUUGUGUCAUUUUUAGGGACUCAUUGCAUGUCACCUCUAGCCAUCCCCCUAACUCACCCCAGACCUUCUUCCUUACCUUGAAACUGCCCAUUGAUAACUCUGCAGUACAGAGCCUGUUUCCUCCUCUCCUUCUAGAAUCCUAUGUCUAAUUAGCCCCCAGGAGCGCUUUGGACCUCCAAGGCCUGAGCAUGUGGAAUGACAGUUGCUCCUGGGGAGAUGCCCGCCCGCCAACAAGCCGGCUCUCCUAGUAUAUUAUGGUUUGCCUGUGCCUGGGUUCACCGCUUGGCCAAGUUACGUCUCUGCUCUUUCCAGCUUUUUCAGCUUAGGAUCUGGUUUCUACAGCCUUCUAAGGAAGCUCUCCCUCUGCUCGUGGGCCAGGCCCUUGGAGGCUGAGUGUCUGAGGAUAUAUUGGGGUCAUUGUGAGAGCACACAGACAUCUGCUUUAGGGAAAGGAUUCUGCUCGACAUUCUUACUUAGUAGGCUUGCAGAACUGUGUUUCCCAUUCCCAUUUCUGUGCUCUUCUCCUCUCCCUUUCUCCUUACUCCCUCAGCCCCAGUAGCUCUUGGCUUCUUAGGAGUGGGCUUGGGCUGAGUAGGAGGCAAAACCAGGAAUCUCACUUGGUGGAUUGAAGCCUAUUCAGUGAGACUGUGGGAAAACCACUGUCUCCAUCGCUUUUCCAUCCCAUUCCCCACACCCUCUUAAUUCAGAUACAGUCCUUAUAGCUGUCCAUCCUUAAGAUGAGUUUGAAGUAGCAGAUGUUAUAUACAUACAUAACUGGAAUGCCAUCUUAUUUAAUUACUGAUGAAAACAGCACCAAGGGCUCAUGAAGUAAAAUAUUAGUCUGAAAGAACUGGCUUUUAGGCCUCCUAGCCUGCCCAUUGUACCAGCCCCUCCUUGCCCCUAGCAAUCCCCAUGGACUCUCUCUGACUAAUCUGACCUGCUCUUAGAGAUAAUAACACAAUAGCCCUUUGGUUUCCUAGAGAAAAAUGAUUCCUCAUCAAUAUUAGGAAACCAUUUCCUGUGGCCACAGAAAGUGUGAAAUGUCUGUAACUACCAGACUUCAUUGGAAGCCAAUUUGGGGUUAACUCUGAGAAGGAUGGUAGGAUAAGGUAUAUUGAUCUGUGUCCUUUAUUUGUUGUAUAUAAUUCAGAGGGAAUGUGAGAAGGAAGGGAGAGAUGUGGCCUUUCAUUUGCAACAAAUCUGAUGUCAGCUAGAGGCCAACCUGACUUGUAAAGGAGGGAGAGGGUGAAGAAGAGUUCUGAGAAAUUCAGAGAAAACCCGAGUUUGGAAAUCAAAAAAUAGGCUUUUCUUCUUUUUCCCUGUCUGCUAAUCGUUCCAUCCCAUUCGCCUGUUUCCCUGAUUUGUUUCAUUGGUCCCAGUUCUGACCUUCUGAAUUCAUCUCCCUGGUUCUGAUCCUUUCUUGCUAAUUAAGGGGGCUUUUCUAUCCUGGCCCUCUUAAACUGCAGGACAUUGAUGGGGAGACAGAUGAAAAAUUGGGAUUUUGGAGAGUAUUUAUAAUUUGAUUUUUACAUAAAGGCCAGGGAAACAGAAGACUGCUGUGGGACUGACCUAGCAGUGGACGCAUUUCAGUGGUGUUAGGCCAGUAACAGGGCUGGUUUUGGAAAGGUAAUUCAGCUGACAUCAACUGAAUUUACUUCUUCCUUUCUUGGGAGUCGAUAGCAUCUCCCUUCCACCCUUUCCCACCAUAUUUGGGAUGGUUGGUUUGAAUUCAGUCCAUCUCUGAUUCUCUUCUGUGUGCAGUUGGUUUCUUCAGCUAGCUGGCUCAGCAGGUUGUGAAAGUCCCAUUUCUCCAUUCAGUGAGGCCGUUUCGUUCCCACUGGUCCCUUUCUGGGAUGAUCUGCCGAGAUGCAUUUACUCCUCAGUGCCCUGGGUCUCCAGCACCUCCUCUCUGAUGGCCAA